GAGCCUUGCCCAGCCCCAUGCCGUUGCACCUUGGAGAUACUCAAUUGCAGCAGGAUUACCAGCCCUCCCGGACUGCACCUCGUGCCCCUUCCCAAGCCGUUUGAGCAUGCCCACGUUUUCUUCUUCUUAGACUUCACUGGUAAUGCGAUUUCUUCCAUUGGAAAACAGGUGUGGAGGGCCUAUCCUUGGGCUGAAUACUUGGUCCUCAAGAGCAACAGCCUGAGCAGACUUCAGAAUACCUCUUUGGAUGGCUUGCUUUCACUUACACACCUGGACUUGUCGUGUAAUAAAAUCCACUUCAUUGAGAAAAACGCAUUUGAACCUGUCCCAUUUCUGCAGUUUAUAAAUCUCAGUGGCAACAUUAUUGGGCGGAUCACUCAAGGGGCGUUUCAGGCCUGGCACGGAAUGCAGUUUUUGCUCAAGCUGGUUUUCAGCCAUAAUCCACUGACUGUAAUUGAGGAUGACCAUUUUUACAGACUGCCCUCGUUGAAGUUUCUGGACCUUGGUGGCACAGAAGUUACCCCAAAUAUAUUGGAGGACCUUCUCAAGAUUUCUCUGCAAUUGAAAACUCUCAUCUUGCCCAAGAAGAUGUCCUGUUGCCUUUGCCAUAUUCAGGACGACAUUGAAAUCUUGUGUGACACAGUCAAGUUGGACUGUACCGACUCAUGUGCCACAAACUUCACUCUGUGUGAGAAAGAUGAAACUAUGAGUAAGAUGCAAGAAGAUGUCAUUAAGAUAUUAGAAACCAGGAAACUGAAUGCUAGCAGCAUCCUGAGCAUCGUACCUGAGAAGCCUUUACAUGACAAUGUGACUCUGGCUCUCUCAGCCACUGAGGGCCGGUCUCAGUUAGACAUCCGUUUUCAUAAACUCCCCACCAACCUUUUCAAAUCAGUCAAGGGCUUCAAAACGCUGAACACUGGGGACCUUCUGAAUGUGAAGUGGGCUGACCAGAGUGAGCUGAAGAAGCUGUACCUGCUGGCCAAUUUGCUGCAGGUGGCACUCAAAGAAAAAAUUGCGGAAGAUGAAAGAGCGAGCCAAGGUGGGUCAAAGGUCCAAACGGAGGAGCCUGUGGAAGGUUCAUCUGCAGGUGUCACCCUGCAGAAGGAAGGCCAUCUGAGAAAAGUAAAAAGAGAAAUUUGGCUUGGGAAAAAUCCAAGAUGGGCAGAGUCAUUUCUCAGGGUUGGCAGAGAAAGGCGACAGUUUGCAAAGGUUGCUAUGCAGCAUGCAGAGCAGCCAACUAACCCAAAUUUGCAUGCUGGGCCACAAAUCUGGAGGAAGCUAGCAGAGGGCCUAGAACCUCAAAGUGUGGCUUCCUUUCUCAGGCUUCACCGAGCAGCGCUUCAGUCCUCUUCGAAACGCUCUGUUUUGCAGUCCCCAACUGAGAGCCCUCCCUUGACCGCUUCCAUCUUGGUGGAUGAGAAUCCCGAAGACCUGACAGGCAAAGUGGUCAUUAUUUUGAAACACUCCAACAAAUCCAGGAAGGCCAACCAGGUGGAAGACACUCCUGUUGGAAAAGAGGCUGCAGUGCCAACUAGUCAGAAUUCGCCAUCAGAGAGGAAUCCUGACCUCUUCCAAAAUGAAGAGAGUGGAGAAAACUCAGUGGAAGUUUUGCGGGAGCGUCUAGAGUCUGAGAUAUUGAAGAAGGAGGAGCUGCUCAGCCAGCUAAUGAAAGGAGAGUUGAAAUCCAAAAUCCCAGCUGAUGACUCGGAGACCUCUUUGAACGAGCUCUCCCCUGACAUAACCUUGUCCCACGAGACGCACUGGGAGCAUCAUGAACAGAGGACUACUACUUCUCCCCGCCUUCAGCUUUUGCCAGCUCCGGGUGACUAUUUGCUUCAGGGUGACCUCUUUGAAUCUGAACUGAACAAGCGUUUGGAAUCCCUCAUCCCAAAUGCACCAGUGAGGAACCUCAUAUCCCAUGUGAUCCGUAUCCUGAAAAUGGACUGCACCGAACCCACCAUCCAGAUGGCUUGUGCUAAGCUCAUCUCCAGGACAGGCCUCCUCAUGAAACUCUUUAGUGAGAGAGAAAACAUCAAGGAGACCACCUCCCUGUGGAAGUCGUACUUUUGGUCUACCAAGAAUGUACCCAAUAUGACUACAGCAAGCCCAAGGAAAAUGGGAAAGCCUUCUGAUGAGAUAGCAAGGCAGGGGAUUCCAGAAUAUGGGUACGGCAACAAGCUGUUGUUGGCUAUUUCGGUGACAGCGGUGAUAAUGAUUAUCAUUGCAGUAAUUUGCCUGAUUGAGAUCUGUUCUCAGCGUUCGGCAGCUAAAUCAAGGGAUGGCAGCCCUCAUGAAAAACGGACCUUUCUGGGCAGAAAGAAGAAAGGCGCACCAGAAAAAAAGACUUCUGGAUCUUCAGUUGUUAAGCCUCUUUGGCUCACAGACAUGUAUCAGCCUGUGGAUAAAAUACGGACGAAGAACUUGGUUGGUAAAUUGCACGAUGAAGAGUACUGGGAUGAGGAAGAUCAAUUCAAUUGGGCCAAAUCAAGACCAUCGGCAGGAGGGGAACCCCCUCCGGAAAAGGCCAGUUCAAAAAUAGUUGAAGAGCCCCCUGUUAAAAAGGCCAGUUCAAAGAAACUGGUGCCAGAGAAAGAAGAAGUCCCUACUGGAAGUUCGAAGCCAGAGUCUUCAGGGGAAGAAGACGAAAGCGCGUCAAAGAAACCUAGUUCAGCUGAGGAAGGUGAAGCUGAGGAGGAAGAGGAGGAUGAAUGACUGUUCCUUUGUGAAUACUGCUGUAUAUUAUCUAGAGCACUGUAUAAAGUACUGUUAUUGUUUAUACUGAAUAUAAUUAAACACAUUCCUCUAAAAUGUA